UACUUUGAAAUGCGUCGUUGCUGCUAGCUAGCAUAACUGUAAACAUGAAGUGGUGGAAGUAGCAGUAAGUGACAGGUGACUUGUUUGUAUUUUACGCGUCCACUCUGCUCUGUGAGAUGAAGCCCGAGGUUAAAUGCAGACCUGAAGGCUUCUGGUGUGCGGUUGAUGUUUGGAUAAAGAAGCCUCAUGUAGUGAAUAAGCGGCUGUGUGGAGUGACAGAGGCCGAACCCAGAGCUGUGAGCCGUGAGGAGCUCGAGCUCUGUCUCUGCAGCUUCUCCGGCAUCAGUUUCCGGGAUUUACCGGAAAUCCUCUCUUUCCUGCACGCGCGCACUGCGGCUCCGGGUUGCCGAACCGAACCGAGCUGGAGUGUCGGAGGGAGAAGCAUCAUCCCUAAAGCAGCUCUGCAGAGCAGCGGGGUGACGCUGUACAAGGAGAUCAUUGUGAAAGAUCUGACUGGACAAACAGUGACAUUUCUGCCAACUGAGGAAAACAGUGAAGGCCACGUCAUUCUGAGGGAAAGUAAUAUUUAUAAGAUCCAACUGCAGGAAAAGACAGAUGAUUGGAUACUGUCUCUUCAUGCCCUGAGACCUGAGCAGUGGUAUAGUGAUGGCGUGGCCUACCCCAAACUCACCUGGCUGACCUCAGAGCUUCUCCCUAAACUAGCACGCUGGGCCGAAGAAAGCAAAGCCACGGAGUUCAAGAGCACUCUGUCUCUCAUUCCUGUCGAGAAGUACAGCAUACUCUACCAGCAGCUGAAAAACAAAUACAAAGAGUUGGUCAAGGUCUGGCCUGAAGUGACUGAUCCUGAGAAAUUUGUCUUUGAAGAUGUUGCUAUUGCGACAUAUCUUCUUGUUUUAUGGGGUGAAGAGAGAGCUGAAAAAGGAACAAUAACCAAACAGUCUUUCGUGGACCUUGGCUGUGGAAAUGGCCUGCUUGUCCACAUAUUAAACAAUGAAGGGCAUCCUGGAAAAGGAAUUGACAUUCGCAAGCGAAAGAUCUGGGACAUGUAUGGACCCAAUACACACUUAGAGGAAAAGGCAAUCACGCCCAGCGCUGCGUUCCUCUUCCCUGAGACAGACUGGCUGAUUGGAAACCACUCAGAUGAGCUCACACCAUGGAUCCCUGUUAUAGCAGCCAGGUCAUCCUACUGCUGCCGCUACUUUGUGCUCCCUUGCUGCUUCUUUGACUUCUGUGGGAAGUACCAGCGCCGACGGUGUAAGAAGUCUCAGUACAGGGAGUAUAUCGACUUCAUCAGUGAGGUCAGUGCAGUAAGCGGCUUUCAAACAGAUGAAGACUGUCUGAGGAUUCCCUCCACCAAGCGGGUCUGCCUAAUUGGGAAGAGUAGGAGUUAUGAGCAGGCUGAGGAAGAGCUAGCAGAAGUGAGAAGGACAGAUUACAUUCGGGGACGGCAGGCCUUAAUCACCAACUCGACAGUUGUUCCUCCGAAAGAACACAGUGGACCUCAUCAUCAUGGAGAUGGACAGGAGAUGGCCAAAGCAGGAUGUGACUGGGGAAAUGGCUUUCAGCCGAGGGAGAAGAUCGAGACAGUCAGAAACUGUGCAGCUCUCCCUAGAGACUUUGUAGAUGGUGUUGUCCUGAAGGUGGCGCAGACCUUGUUGGGACUCACUGGAGAGAAAAGCGAGGAGGAGGAAGUGGACAAGAUUGGAAAGGAGAGAAUUAGGUGGAAUACAGGAGGCUCUCUGUCUGUCCGUGAGGUAGCUGAGCUCGUGGACCAGCCCACAUUGCAGACACUGAAGAAAGAGUGCGGAGGUUUACAGACUCUGCUGAAAAACAACCAUCAAGUGUUCCGUGUGGAAGGUGGAAAGGUUCACAUUCGUGACUGGCGCACUCAUGGCACCCAGACCGACCCAAAGCGCAAACCCCAAAUCUCGGGAGCAUUAAAAACCCGACUCUGCUGGUUCCACACUCACCACCCUGAUGGAUGCCCACUGUCCACCAAAGACUGCGCUUUUGCCCAUGGGGCCGAUGACCUCCGACCCUCUACACGCCCUUUGAAAAAGCACAGAAGCUGAUCAUGAUCGACACAAAUAAAUUUUACGUUUUAUAUUUGAUUUGAAACUCCAUGAAGACUUGCAGUGAUUUUAUUUUUAACCUUUAAGUUAAAGGAGAAUUUAGGGCUAUUUUGGGUUUUGAAAAUUUGUCCAUUCAGUCUAUGCAAGUUAUCGAUACUGUCUUGGUUUCAUAUUUAUUUGCUAUUCGUAUAGCAGUGGAUCAAAUUGAAUUUCUUCUUGCAAAUAUUAGCAAUAAACACAUGAGGACCACACAACAUAGCUUUUGGUUUUUGAAUGGAUUUACUCCUUUGGGACAAAAAACUUUUGUGCGUGUAGCUAGGGUAGAAUGUGCUAAAUGUUAAAGGUAUGAAUAAUUUGCCAUUCGGUGUGGGGGGUAGGCCAAUGUGUAGGUUAUUGUCCCACUUCUUAAAUGUCACAGGACAGGAUGUCGAUGCUUCAUACAGUGAAUGGAGGCUGCAGGGAUUAUUGUUGUUGCUGAAGUGUAAAAUCAAUUUAAUUUACUUUAAUUUUAAAAUUAAAUAUUUUUGACAUGUGGGAGUGGCAAUAUAGAGCCUUUUGUAAAAUGUGAAAUUAAUAGUUACAGAAUGACACAAAAAUUAUAAAUUAUACUUUCAAGUUUUACAUUUUAAAUCAUAUGAAAUUUUAAUGUUAAAAGAAUUCUGUACUUUGGAUAUUGCUUCAGUUUACAUUUUUUCUAAUGAAUGAAUGAAUUUAUUUUUUAUGAAUGAAUUUUGAAUGAAUUUUUAUUUCGAACAUGUAUAAAAAAUGUAUGUAACUAUUUGUACAUACAAAAGAAAGAAAACGAGAAAUUAAAAAUAAUAACAUAAAGAGCUAAGACAUUACAAAACACCGCACAUUGUUCGAAAAAGGAGUGGGAAGAAGUUAAAUACCUAAUGCUAACAUCACCUUAUCUAUUACUAAAGUGUUUAAGUUGCUUCUUUGGAGUAAAUCUAAAUUGGGAAAGUUUCAUGGAAAAAGUAUUGGUUUCUAGGAAGAAAAUGGUGCUGCCUUUUCUCCAUUCGCUUGAGUUUUUCUUGUAAUAUGACCUAAUUAUUACACCUCAUGAAUAUUAACCUUAUUUCCUUUGUGCAUGCUACUAAGGAAAUGCUCAUUUUGAAUUAAUUACUCAUAAUUGAUGUAAGUUGCAUUCCUCUAUGUUGGGUCAUUGGAUAUUUUUUUUUGAAAAACUAUUGAAUAUUUUGUAAAAUAUAUCCUGAUCUGCAAUAGAAA